GCGCACAGGUAAACAAGACCAAGCAACAGCUCUCGAAAAACGACCAUGUCUUCGCCGAACGGUAAGAUGGAUGUCGACAAAUCUCCAGCCCACAGGUCGUCCCGUAACCACUCCACCGACACUUUGCGUACCAAGCGGUCUCAUAUAUCUCAUUCCCGAGAAAGAGAACGGAGAGAUAGGCGCCGUGAUGACGAGAGGAGGAGGCGAAGUCGUAGCCGGGACAGAGGGAGUGAUAGGGCCAGAGAUCCUACCCGUUCUGGAGACCACUACCGGGAGAGAGAAAGAGACAGGGAUCGUCGCAGAGAUCGGGACAGUCAUCGAGGAGACAGAGAAAGGGAUAGGGACAGAGGGGAAAGUCGGCACAGUCAUCGUGACCGCGACUAUGACCGCGAUAGCAAAGACCGGCGCAGGAAGCGAAGUGAGCAUCUAGAUGACCCCGACGCUUUUGAGCCGGAAGAACGUUCGAAGAGGGCCAAAAUUUCAGACAGUGGCUCGCCUCGCCCUCCUUCUCGAGAUAGCACCAGAACAUCAGACCGUAGGGACCGUUCUAGUGAUCGUAGAAACGGCGAUAGAUACUCAAGGCCACCUCGCGAUCCACGGGACGAGUUCAAUGAUCCCCCACGUUCUCGAAGGGACUAUGGCCGGAGAGAUCGUCGACCCCUUGAUGAUGUGCCUCCUUCUCCUCGCCCUACCAAGAGUCCUCCCCCUAUCAAAAGACCGUCUCCUUCUUACGAGGUUCCCGUUGAUGAGCCAUACAAUCCUGACGAACCUAAAGAAGACGAUUCAGAAGCCCGAUCGGUAUUCGUAUCCCAACUAGCAGCACGGCUGACCGCCCGAGAUUUAGGUUAUUUCUUUGAAGACAAACUCGGGGAUGGCACAGUUAUGGAUUCUCGAAUUGUUACAGACAGGCUUUCACGUCGUUCUAAAGGGAUCGGUUACGUCGAAUUCCGAACAGUAGAUCUAGUGGAGAAAGCUUUGAACCUUUCUGGCACCGUUGUCAUGGGUUUACCCAUCCUGGUACAGCUAACUGAAUCGGAAAGAAACCGACUUCAUCCAGGUGAUGGGAAUCUCAAUCUUCCCCCAGGUGUCAGUGCUCCGCAUGGCGCUAUGCAACUUUAUGUGGGAUCCCUGCACUUUAACCUCACAGAAUCGGACAUCAAACAAAUCUUCGAGUUUGUGGAUCUCCAUCGUGAUCCCAUGACGGGUCGCAGCAAGGGCUACGCCUUCGUCCAAUAUAAACGAGCCGAGGAUGCCAAAAUGGCGUUGGAGCAAAUGGAAGGAUUUGAACUUGCUGGGAGGACAUUACGUGUCAAUACUGUCCACGAAAAGGGCACAGCUAGAUACACCCAACAAGACACCUUGGAUGAAGUCGGCGGUGGUAACUUGAAUGCAGCUUCUCGUCAGGCGCUAAUGCAGAAACUUGCUAGAACUGAAACUCCGAUUGCUAUCCCUGAGCCAGUAGCAAGGCCUGUUCAAGCUAUGGAGUCUAGGUCUGUCCUUUUAAAGAACAUGUUUGACCCCGAAGAGGAGACCGAUCCCAACUGGGACAAAGAACUAGCUGACGAAGUCAAAGGUGAAUGUGACAGCAAGUACGGUAAAGUGUUAGCCAUCAAAGUCGAGAAAGAGUCACAGGGCGAAAUCUACGUCAAAUUCGACUCCGUGGAAUCGGCACGCAAAGCAAUACAGGGUUUGAAUAGUCGCUGGUUCGGUGGCAAACAAGUAUCAGCAAACUUCAUCUCCGACGCGAUAAUGCAAGCACACCAGUAGCCGGUUAAGAAAAAUCCAGCAGUUUAAGAGAUGUUCCGUCCUGGAACGCUACUAAAAUUUAAUCUUUUCGCCACACAGAUACACAUUUUACAAUUCGUUUGAUCAUUUUAUAUGAUCAAUGCAGAACGGCCAUCCCUACGCCACAUGCAUUCAUAGAUGUUCAACGAGUUAUGAGGACUUUUCUUGCGUCGUGCUGUGCAAGGUCCAGGCGCCGACACACUAAGACAACCGACAUCGUUGGUAUUCCUGGAACAGGAUGCAGAAAUAGCGGUUGGUAGAUUU